AUGAGAAUCCUUUCAUCUUUGACAUGUACGCUGGCGUUGGUCGGGGCUCCCGAAAUUGCCCACGGGUCAGCAGCCACAAGUGCUGCCCUGAAUUCACUCAAGUCAAUUGACUAUCGCUAUUUUGUGGCUGGAGGAACGUGUGCAGCGUUCAGUCAUGGAGUUACUUGCCCUAUUGAUGUUAUCAAGACACGUAUACAGGCUGAGCCAAAAGUGUAUGAUAAGGGUCUUGUGGAUGCGACUCUCAAGAUUUGCAAAUCAGAUGGCCCACAGGUCCUCCUGGCUGGAUUGGGUCCAACAGUUGCAGGCUAUGGGAUCGAGGGAGCCAUGAAGUUUGGAGUGUACGAAGUCAUGAAGCCAAUAUUUUCAUCUCUUCUUGGUGGCGUCGACAAUCCCAACGUCAAAGGAGUUGCCUUCCUGUUGGCAUCCAUAGUUGCUGGCGCUGUUGCAGCUGUGCUCUUGUGCCCAAUGGAGAGUACCAGGAUUCGAAUUGUCACGGACAAGGACUACGCCGACAAAGGGCUUUUGACUGGAUUGCCAAAGCUGAUCAAAGAGGAGGGACUCUUGUCCACGUUUUCUGGUAUUUGGGCCAUGUUGGCAAAGCAGGUCCCCUAUACAUUUGGAAAGCAGGUGUCAUUCGACGUCUUUGCCGGAGUGUUCUACUCCCUGAUACACAACUAUGGCGACAAUUUGGCCUUCCUCACAGACAACAAAAAGAUCAUUGUCAGUGUUUGCGCAGCUUUUGUGGCAUCCCUGUUUGCCUGCAUCUUCUCUCAACCUGGCGAUAUGAUUCUUACGGAGACAUACAGAAAGGUCGAACCAGGCAAACAGCUCUCAUUUGGUCAAGUAGUCAGCAAGAUCAACUCACAAGGCGGUGUUCCAGCCUUCUUCACCGGAACCGGGGCUCGAAUCGUUCAUGUUGGGCUCAUCAUUACCAGCCAACUCGUCAUCUAUGACAUUGUGAAGCAACUCUUGGGUCUACCUGCUACGGGAUCACACUAG